AUGUUUCUUUUCGAUGCCCAGAACAGGCGGCAGGAGCAAGAUCGGUGCAGCCAUAGCGACCUGACCCGUGUGCUGGUUGGCCUGCAGGCCGUCGGAACGAAUGUAACGCGGCCCGUGGAUGAGCUGAUCCUGGAAAACAACCAUUUGCCUUCCCUGCCCGGAAAUAUGUUCUCUGCGUUGCGUGUGGUGCGACUUAUGUUGCGGGACAAUGGACUGGAGCGGGUGGCGGCCAGCUGGUUGGCAGGGCUGGAAGACACUCUGCUCGAAGUGUUUGUGGUGGAACCACGCCUGCGCAGUUUGCCAGUCGACAGUCUGGAGCAGCUACGGGGCAUCGAGGCCGUAACCCUGCAGGGUGGGGCCAUCAAACGAUUGCCGCGCUUCUCUGGACUACCGCGCGUACGUUACCUGCACAUCCAGUCACCCGCCCUAGUUGAACUGUCGCCCCUCGGGUUCAAGUCGUUGGGUGACCUAGAGCAGAUGCAUGUGACAUUUAGCCCACGCCUUACACGACUGGAGGGUGGCUUCCUACAGGACCUUCCCCGACUGCGCAUACUCAACGUGUCACACUGUGGAGUGGCCUGGGUUCAUCCCAGAGCCCUGGCUACACUGCCCGCCCUCAAGCAGCUCUGGCUUGUUGGCAACCGACUGACUGACGUGGGCAUGGUGGGGCGCGCAGCCCGCGAGCUUCCCGCCCUAACAGUCCUGCGACUGGACGAUAAUCGCUUUGAUAGCCUGGGCGAGGCUUCCUUAGUGGACCUACCGUCCUUAAGCGAGGUGACCCUGGCGGGCAAUAGAAUAGCACAAGUGCAACGCGGAGCUUUCGACAAACUGCCUGCCCUUCGCAGACUCGACUUGAGCCGCAACCGUGUACGCAGGAUACACCCGGAAGCAUUUCGACAACAUUCCAAUACACUGGAGGAGCUCUGGUUGAGUGCCAACGCGAUAGAUCACGUGACCGAGGCGCGAUCCUUGCUAGAUGCAGUUCCACGCCUCCGCUAUCUGGAUCUCAGCUAUAAUUACAUAGAGAAAAUUCCGUUUGGGGCUCUACGAGGACACCCCACCCUAGAAAGGCUACACCUGGACCACAAUAGGGUGCAGCACAUUCAACGUGAUGCCUUCACAGCCAUGCCAGCGUUACGUGAACUACGCCUGCGCAACAACUCGCUCUCCAGCUUCUUGGAUGGGCCAUUCUGGAACCUUCCAGCCCUCAAGGGAUUGGAUCUAGCAUACAACUACUUCCGGCGGCUAGACCCUCGUUUGCUUGCAAAUCUUCCUUUGCUGCGACGCCUUGACUUGAGUGGGAAUGCUUUGGAAGUGGUGGAUCCAGACGCAUUUCUCAACACACGUGCCCUGGAACAUGUGAACCUGUCACGGAAUGCACUCGUAAAUCUUCACCCAGCUACUUUUCGGGACCUGCAAGGCCUAUUUGAGCUGGACUUGGGUUGGAACAGACUGAGAGAACUGGUUCCAACAUUGCCACCUGGUCUGGAGUAUCUGUAUGCACCGAGAAAUCAACUGACAGCUCUGCCUGUUGCGCCAAAACUUGCCCUGCCAGCGCUUCGACUCCUUGACCUCACUGGUAAUGGCAUCCAGCGUAUCAUGCCUGGGUCUCUGAGUACUUUGGGUCAAUUGCGUUGGCUACAUCUGGGAGAGAAUGCAUUGCAAACAUUGGAAGAGGGAUCAUUAAGUGGACUAGCCAGGUUGGAAGUACUGGACCUACACAACAACCGCCUACUGAGUCUGGAUGACAAGUGCUUGAGAGAUGUGCCACAACUCAAACAGUUGAACCUGCAUGGGAAUCGACUGGAGCGGUUAGGGACUCAACACCUGGAAAAGAAUGUACACCUGACUCACCUAGACCUCAGUCACAACCAGCUGAACAGCAUUGAACCCAAUGCACUGGCCAGCAGCAGGGCUCUGCAGGAGCUGGAUGCAUCCAACAAUGCUCUGACUGAACUUCCUGAGGCACUCCAAGGUCUGUCAACUGUCCAGUUGCUAGAUCUUGCCAACAACCGCCUCAAGGCACUGAAUCCAUCUGCCCUCAGCAGUAUGAAAUCACUUUCAGAGCUCCGGCUUGCUAGGAACAAACUGCAGCAGCUGCAACAGAAUGCAUUUCAUGGCCUGCCACACCUGGCACUGUUAGACUUGGACAGCAAUGAACUGACAAGUAUGGAAACCAAUGCAGUGAGGUCACUGCCAGAGCUGAAAGCAAUACGCCUUGGACGGAACAAACUUCUUACUGUGCCCACUGCUGCCUUCACUGACCUGCCUCAACUUCAAAGUGCUGAACUGCAAGAAAAUCAAUUGACAAACAUAGCAAGCAAUGCAUUCAGUGAUGUGCCUCAACUGCUCUUGCUAAAUCUCAGCUAUAACCAACUGACUGGCUUGAACCAUGCCGGGCUGAAGAACCUGAAGUCUCUGGAAGUGCUGGAUGUCAGCCACAACCAGGUGGCAAGGGUGGGGAGUGGCAAUUUGGAGGGCAUGGAGUGGCUCGUAGAGCUGAAGAUGGAUAACAACAACAUCUGUGCAAUCCAAGGAUCCCCCUUCAAAGGGAUGCCACGUCUUCGAGUUCUCAGUCUUAAGAACAACAGGAUGACGUCCUUGGCUGAACCAGCAUUCCAACAUCUUCGCAGUAACAUUGCAGUUCUGGACAUUGACGGCAACCCAUUAUCCUGCUCUUGUGGUAUGAUGUGGCUGCAGGCAUGGUUGAAAGAGGCAUCUUCAGAAGAGGGUCCUCACUGUGCUGAUGGUUCCCUGCUGAAAGAAGCGCGUCUCUCCCGACAAGACUGUAGGAAAGUAGAUACUCCCAUAGUUGGAUGUGAAGCUUCACCUCCAGGUGCUUCUCAGAUGCUGUCAACAUGGAUGGCAGUGAAAAACGGCACUGUGGCCCCAUCACCAGAAGAAUCAGAGUACUUCUACGAUGAGUAUGUGGAGUACCAAUAUGAUGAAGGCAACGCAACUGCAACCAAGAACCGCAGCUCAGUGAUUCUGACCACAGACAUACCUCUCGUAGUGCAGCCUUCCAGCCCAGAUCCUGUCUCAGCCUCGAACACUGGAGUAUCAUCUCACUACAUUCCUGGAGACACACCCACUUUCUAUGCAGGAAGUCGCAAUGAAAAAAACAAAACCACAGGAACAAACAAUGCAGUGAAACAACAAGCAUCUGCCCCCCCUCAGGCUUCAAGUGGCUUCACCUUCUUUGGUAUACCACUUCCAAGUUUAAGCCUCGGUACACUGUGGGGCUCUGGAAGGAAUGCAGAUGCUAAAUCUGGUUCUAGUGGGAUGAGGUUUGUUGGUGCCCGAGGUAAAGUUCAGAUGCUACCUACACCAGUCCAGUCUGGAGGAUUUGUACCGAUGUUGCCAGGUUCAGGUGGUUUUGUGCCCAUUGCUGGCCCACACAUCAAACAGAAUGGCAUGAACCAGUCACAGAGUGCCCAUCAUGGCAAUGAUGCCAACUACAAAACUCGGUCAAGUACAGGUAGCAGUAAUGUUUCAGCCCAUGGACAGAAAAUCAGACCAGAAGGCUCUCACACUGAUCCUUCCAAUGCGGUGUUCCCUGUCUCAAACCUGCAGGUCAUGCCAUCAACAGCUGACCAAGCCAAGAAACUACAGUUCGCUAACAACACUUCAGUUGAUAUCAGUCGCAUGCAGAUGAACCGGACCUGGCAAAAUGAACAGAUAUCUGUCCUUCAUAAUGAUUCUCGUUCAAAUAACAUUGAAGAAAAUGUUCUCGAUCAUGCUCUGGCCCUGAGCACACCAUUUUCUUUUGUAACAAAUGAUUUGGACACUGAAACAGCAACAAAGCCAGCAGAGGAAAAUACAGUAUUCUUAUCCCGUUUUCAACAGCGCAAGGGAGAAAAGAACGCAAGUCACGAAGCAAGUGAUGGAGCCAGAUGGGGAUUCAUCAACUGGUUUCAGACACCAUCUCCCAUCAAUGAAACCAGUUCCACAGAAGAGACUCAACAGCCAACACAGACCUCAAGCCCAACUUUACUUGGCAAUUUGUGGGGGAUGAUAUCUGGGAAGCGGAACCGAGACUCACCCUCAUCGCUGUCUGCCUUGCUGGUACCUGGAGGUCAACAGCCCCAGUUCCGCCUACAAGGAGGACGCCCAACCAUCACCAAAAUUUCAUCCUCAACAUCACCUUCAGCUUCUCUGCCAGUACCCACAGAAGAUUAUCUGCGACGUACUGAACCAAGCACAGCAAAGUCCCACUCGCAGCUACCUCCUGGCACCACUACAAACUCUUCCAUGGACUGGUACUUUCAAAACUAUAACAAAACAAACCUAGAACCCUACGUGGGGCCUGGGAAGACAAUUCUAAAUGGCAAACAGUCACAAGCAGAUGUGUCAGUAUUUCCCUUGCUAAUGAUGGUAAUACUAAGACAUCUGUUUUAAGGAAUCCAUUCCUGGUUGGCCAGUAAUUCCAUCAGCUGUACAUAUACAACUUGGGUCUUGUGGGUAUAUAGCUUGUUCGGGUGCCUUCUUAUUGUGUGUGAACCUGGGUCAAUGAAUCAGCACUGGUUAGUUGAAACACUCCUCAGAUACAAAGCACUGAAGUCUGGUAAAACAAUGGCAAAGAUUCUGAAUGUAGUUGGAUCAGGGGAUGGUGUUUAAUAACAAAUGGAUAUCACAGUAAAUACAGUACAAGUGCCAAAAUGUUUCACUACUUCAGUAAGUAAAGAAUAGUGGUAUAUAAACAACAUACAAAAACAUAAGUAUGCAUUGCAAUCAAUGGGUCGAUUCUGAAGGUAUCUGAUAAUGGUGUACUGCACUUAGGUUUAGACAAGCUUUCUGAACUUCAUCCAUUGUACAGUGUUGUAAACCAGAACAUAAUUUUUGGGACUCAGAUCUGCUCAUCUUUAGAUGGUACCUACUCGGACAGGGCCAUUACAAAAACUUCAAUUAAUCACUGUACUCUGUGCAGUUGUCAACUGAUUUAUAGUAUCAGAAGAUGGACAAAGUCCAGAAAGCUAGUAAUGCUAAGUAUACACACUGGACAAAAUAAACACUUCAUCUAAACAAGAAGUUGUGGAAGUAGCUUAAUGAGCUUAGAAUUAUUGGGAUUUUGGACUUUGUCUAUUGUCUGGUAUUCUGGACUCUAAAGAACACAACAUUUCAGAAACUGGAUCCGUUUCCUUCCUCAGGUGAGAGGGGGGAGACACUUACUCUGUUGAGUUCCUUAGAAUGAUCUAACCUCAAUCAUGGGACCUUUUGGAACCAGCUCAUGAGCUUCAGUGAUUCAGUGAUUCAGUAUUGAGGGGGUGGGUUUCCCCAUGCACCGCGACUGAUAGUCUAUUGUACGUCCCC